CUCGUGCACGCGCGCGUGGUCCUUCAGUCGGCGAUUUUCUCGCGUGGUUUUUUCUGUCCCCUCGUCCACAGCUCGUGUCCUUUCCCGGCGCGGCCAAAAGCGGUCCUUAUUUACCCCUCUUUCGCGAGUACAUAGCCCCGCUGCGCAAGUAUUGGUUUCGUCGCGGCAAGGAUCAGAUCAGGACUCGCGUUCCCACGGUGGUGUGCGUGUCAACCCGGCGACGACGUCCGCUCUUACGCAGCACAGAUUCGCUGCGGCAAUCGUUGUCAAGUCCCACUGGAAGCCGGACGCGAAAUUGUUUCUGGGAGUCGCGCGCGCUUCAAGGAGUUUACACGCGUGAAGGGAGUUGUUGGUUGCUGAUUGAGUUUUCCCGGUGAUAAUCCGGAUUGGGUUGGUUCGACAGAGGAUUGGAUUAGGAGGAAUCACGGUGAAGGACAACGAAACGGUUCCGGACUGUUAAAGUGGAAGCUGGAAGUGGCGAAUGUUGGAUUAAAGGUGAAAUUUGAAAGUUUGAAACACUUCCUGGGCCAAGUACUGUCCACACGCGCUCCUUAGUGUUGGUGUUUGUGGUCAAGUCCCGAAGAGGACACUUUCUCAAGAAGGUGCAACCGGCGCAAGAAGCAAAAUUGUAAACAAAAACGCAACAGCGAGUUGUUCGUGCAAAGAUUCUUAAGAAUCUCCAACCGAAGAUCAUCAAAAUCAGCCAAAAUGGUACAGGCCCUCGAUGAGUACGAUAUCCAGCCGGAUCUGCCCCAGGCCCUGCGACUGCUGGACGAGAUGAACAGCAACUUCCAGCAGGUCUCGGACGUGGUCGGGAACAUGCUGCAGCGCGUCAAAACCGGCGAGCUGUCCACCGAGUACGGGCUGAACUUCCUCGAGAUCAAGUACCACAUGCUGCUCAACUAUCUGAUCAACCUGACGUACGUGGUGCUGCGAAAGUGUUCCGGCCACAAAAUCGAAAACGACCCCUCGAUCGACCGACUCAUCGAGAUCCGCACCGUGCUCGAGAAGGUCCGCCCGAUCGACUACAAACUGCGCUAUCAGAUCGACAAACUCGUCAAAACGGCCGUCACCGGCACCAGCACCGCCGACGAUCCGACCUCCUUCAAGGCCAACCCCGCCAAUCUGAUGUCACAGCUGCCCGAAUCGGCCGCCAAGGAUAACUCCGACGACGAGGACGGGGCCGAGUCGGACGAUUCGGCGAAAAUCAUGGCGAAACUGCGCAAAGCCAAGGCCGGAGGCCGGCCCGGAAAGCGCACGGAACUGACGGCGGACGAAGUGGAAGCCAGCAGUGAGCUGUACGUGCCCCCGAAGCACAUGGCCGUUCCGUACGAGGAAGAUUCCAAGAUGGAACGGGCCCGUAAGCAGGCGGAACGGGCUCGGAAGCGGGCGCUGGGGUCGUCGAUGAUUCAAGAGCUGAAGGAAGAGUAUCUGGACACGCCGGUGGAGAUUUCGUCCAGCUCGCGGGCGCUGCAGAAGUUGUCGCGGAAGGAGCGCGAACGGGAAGAGUACGAGGAGAAGUACAUGAUGCGGCUGCCGGUGACGAAGGCGGACAAGCACCGGAGUCGGAAGCUGGAGACGUUGGGCACUCUGGGCGACGAGCUGACGAGCUUCGGUGACAUCAGCGCCCUCGACGGCGGCGACGACGACAACGACGGGCUUCCAUCGUCCGCUGGGAAAAAGUCUGGCGGCGGUAAAAAGCGCAAAGCUUUGGGCGGUAAAAAGCACGCGGGUAAGAAGCGACGGUUCCGUUAAGCGGAUUGUUUCCGGUAUGUUUGAUUUUGAUUUACUUUUUCCUUAACGAUUGAGAAAGGGGUUUAAGUUGCGUUGAAUAAAUGUUAGAUUGUUUGGUUUAUUGGAAAUUUUCCGUUUCAAAUUACAGCUAAGAAGUUUAUUUCAAGUUUUGAUUUUGUCUAAUGUUUUUCUUCCCCUGAAAACAAAUGGUUAUCAUAAAACAAGCUAAGUUUAAGAGAAGAGAAAGUAAAUAAAAUCACAUAGAGCGAUAAUGAAAUUAAAUCUUACAACAAGAGUUACUGUUGCUGAAAUAUGAAAUAUUAAUUUUAAAUAACAAGAAAAUACACUCACCAAGAGCCUUUAUGAUAUAUUUAUACGAGAAUAUUUUCACGUUUCUUCCAAGUAAAAAGAGUACGCGUGAGAUCUUGGGUGGGAACUUUUUCGCGAUCGAUCUUUAUUGAGACUGUCUCUUUCGCUUCGAAAUCACUCACAAAUACAAGCACUUGCAGUCACACAAAUGAACGUAUAGAUACAGAGAGAGUACUAUUGUAAUAGAACUAUUACAAAAUAACACAAA